GGCGCGACGCGUGCGUCUCGCCAGAUCUCUCUCGGCAGUAACCUCGCAAUAUCAUUACGAUACGAAAACGUGAUCGCGAGUCGCGAGAUAUAAUGCCUAACACCGCAUGUGUGUGAAUACCGCUUGUAAUAAAUACCGCAGUAAAAUUCACCCUUGCCGAAAGUACGUAAAUAAAGACCGUCGUUUCUUCUCAACGAAAGUACCGCAUCUUUUCCCAUAUUUUGAAUUCAGUUUCAAAUAUUUUCGGAGGAGGGAGAAAAGGAAAUAGACACUCGCGUCGAAUCUCUGAAAACGCGAAAUUCUAAAAAUACGUCUCACCAUUAUUACAAAGACACAAGGUUGUAUAAUAAUUCUACCAGUGUUAUUCAUAGUUUUCAUCCUUACGUUGUGUGCGAAGAGAACAAUGUGAUGCAUGCUUUUGAAUGACACGCGGCAGUAUCGACAGAUUACACACGUUUUUCUCUGCGCGAAUAAUUUAUGUCUCGCUAUUGUUCUUUCGGUUUCUCAUGAUUAAUAAAAAAAACCGUUACAAAGUUCAUGAAUUUUGAUUGUAGAGAAAAAAAUUUCGAUUACUCUUCAGUUUUUCACGCAUUUUCUCUUGCAUUAUAAGAGUAUUAAGUUAAAGAGACUUAAGGAGAGUCAAUAACGGAAUUUUAGAAAUAUUUGACUUUUCAUGUUAUUCGCUAAUCGAAUGACAUGAGCGAGCAAGUUUCAUAUAUACACAUACAUACAUACAUACAUAUAGAUACAUAUAUAUGAUACAUGUAUAUGUAUAUAUUGUGUCAUCAACAUUUGAAGAUGAAUUGUGGCGAGAAAGAUUUGAUGUGUGUCAAUUUGCAAUGCCGUGUAUGCAAACUUUGUAUUUGCAAUGUCUGUAUACCUUAAGUAUAGUGUUUGUGUUUGUGUUAUGUUUUUGCCAUGUAAUAUUGGCUAAUAAAUAACUAAUGUCUCAUGAGUUUGAUAAUAACAAUUGCAAAAAGUUAAUUAGUGCCUCCUUGGGAAGAUUUUUCAAAGAUAUUUCUACAACAAGUUGGAGAACGCAUCUAGCUGCGAAAAAUCAUGACUGAAAUUAAUAUAAAUACUUUAGAAGAUCUUAUUACAUAUUUUGCAAAAAACACCUAUAAGACCAAGGAUGCAGAUGUUAAAACUCAAGAAAUUAUGCAAAGAUGUAUGCUGCUCACAUCUUUUGAUUAUGAAUAUUACAUAAUAGACAACAACGAAGGUAGCCUUUGUGGACAUUAUCCUAGAUAUCUUAUAAUAUUGGAGCAUGAUAAAAUACGAAGUUCAAAAAAAUGUGAUUCACCACUGCCAGCGCCACACAUUCGAGAAAGCAUACCUGAAUCUAUAUAUUUAAGGAAUAAUCUCCAGAAAAUGAUAAUAAAGUCGAGAUUCGCCAGAUGUCGUUCAAGAUUUCCCGUGCCAGUGAUACUUUAUAAGGGUAGGCACGUAUGCAGAUCUGCAACGUUAGCCAGUAGUCCAGAAAUGUUUGGUAGAGCUGGAUUAGAUUUCUUAUCUAGUCUAGCUAGCAGCAGUAUCAGUUCUACAUCAGCAAUUCCAUUGGAAGACAAAAGUCUAAUGCAAGAUGCAAAGGGAAUUAUGGAAGAAUCAAUUAUUGACAUGAAAAAUAAAUUUAGAUUUUAUGAUAUAGAACUCUUGAAGAAUCUUAAUGUAGGAACCAUCAUUGAUUUCAUGGUUGAGAAGAAGAAGGUCAAAUAUGGAAUGACCGUAACUUCAUCGGAGAAGGUAGACCAAGAGAGAAGAUACAGCGACUUUAACCUCAUUUCACUGCCAUAUCCUGGAUGUGAAUUCUUCAAGGAAUUUAGAGACCAAGAUUAUCGAUCAAAGGGCUUGGUAUUUGACUGGUGUCAGAAUUACGUGGACGCACCGAUCAAUGUACCUGAUGACUUCGCCUCCAGUCAAUUACGAAUCAACUGGGAUAGAUAUACAGAAUGGGAUCUAGUCAAAUUAACACAGAACUAUUUAAGAUUAAUACUAAGAUAUUUAAGCGAAAGUAGUAAAGGGAUAUUGAUUCACUGCAUCUCAGGUUGGGACCGUACACCGUUAUUUAUUUCAUUAUUGAGAAUUAGUUUGUGGGCUGAUGGGGUAAUUCAUAAGACGUUAAAUUCGUAUCAAUUACUUUAUUAUACUAUUGCCUAUGAUUGGUUGCUUUUUGGACAUGAUUUAGCAGAUCGACUAAAUAAAGGAGAAGAGAUAUUCUUCUUUUGCUUUGAUUUCUUAAAAUAUAUUGAAACUGAACACUUCAGUAUACACAAACAUUACGAGAGAAAAACGAGGCCUAGCGAGUCACAAUCGGAAAAUAUCACGAUAAAUGCCGAAUCGUUUGAACUUAUCUCAGCUCCUAAUUUCAGUUCAUCUAGUUCUAUCGAACAAAAUAGUGAAGAUGGUGAAUCAACAGCUGUAUUUUUCGAUAAUUUGGAUAGUCAAGAUGAUUCUCGAAAUAAUGUGACUAUUACAUCUGGGACACUUAAUGUGUCUCCUAAUAAAGAAGAUGGUAUCAUUCAAGGAUCGCGUUUAUCUUUGUCCGCGAAUCGUACAUCUCCGAUUGGGGUUCCUAUUCCGCAUAAUACUCGACGGAUACGACAACGAAACGAUUCAACAUCUUCAGGCGACUCGUGGCAACUGGUAACAGGGACAGGUAGUCUAUGUGGUUCCACGUCUAUUAAUGCUGCUUGUAUGGACAAUGUAUUAAUUCCUGGUUUAGAUUGUAAGCCUUCAUGUGCAGCUUGCACAACUCCACGUACAUUAAUAGGAAAUGUGAACACAAAUGAUGAUGAAGUUACUGCUUAUGUAUCAUCCAUACAACGUAAAGAACGAUUGCGUUGUCUCCGAAAUAUAUUUUGUAAAGCCUAUGGACCUCAUGGAUUUCGAUUGAAGGACGAGGCAAGUGGCAUUGGCCAAUAUCUUGGAAAUAUUGUUGGAAUGACUUCAACCCAACGCACAUCCUAAUGACUGAAAUAUUGUUAACUUUUUAAGAAUGUAAAUUUACAGUCGAUUUUCUUUAUUCUAAAAUUACUUCAGAUAUUAGAUCAAUCUCAAUUUCAUAUUUAAUCUUUCACUCUUUUUCUAAUAGACAAAUGAGAAAAUAUACACUUUGUUUUUAUUCACUUUUUUAAUCUAACAUAGUAAGCUAAUACUUAGAUUUGUAAUUGAAAUGUUAAUGCAAAAAAAAAAGUAAUUGAUUUAAUAUUAAGAGAACUUAGAAUAGAGAAAAUUGACUAUCUUGUUAAUAAAACUUAUGUUCAAUUGACGAUUUUAUAAACUAAAAUUUAUAACACGAAAAUGAGACAAUUGUACAUUAUUGUUUUCUCAAAAAUAUGAAUAACAUGAUGUAUGCUAAUAAUAGAAUAAACUCAAUAUUUUUGUAUAUGUCUACAUGGAAUAUAUUAACAGAAUUUUAUCUCUCUCUCUCUCUCUCUCUCUCUCUCUCUCUCUCUUU